UAUAUCAUCAAUGGGAAUGGCAAGAAAAGUGAAGGAGGAGUUCUUGGAGAUAUGGGAAGAAGCUAUGUCGAAAAGAUCGUUGCCAGGUAAGUUUAAGAACAUAGACUUCAACUUUGGGAUGUUUGAACUUGGAGACAACUACAGUCCAAAGCACACCGCUGUUCGAUAUGCUUUCUUCGUGGGUAAUUUGAUGGCAGCAAUCAAAACUGGGUUUUGAUUUAUUAGUGAUUUUAGAGGUCAAUAAGCAUUGGAAAAAAAAUUGGUAACUUAAAAAAUGUUUGAAGAACAAGAUGUAAAAGUCGGAAAACUUGU